CAAAAAAACGUCAGCAUUUACCGAUAUCCAUAAAAAAUUGGAAACGGAAAUGUUUGGCGUCUCACUGGACGAUGUUAAAAAAAAAUGGAAAAACCUCCGUAGCCAGUAUAUGAGGGAACUACGUAUACAGAAAAACUCCAAAAAAAGUGGAAGUGGAGUAAAUGAUUUAUACGAAGCAAAGCUUUGGUGCUUUGACCAGUUAUCGUUCCUUGAAGGCCAUGUUGCAACUAGGCAGAGCCAAGACAAUACUGAGAUGCCUUCUUCGAGUAACUCAAGUAAUUUAAGUACAGCAAACAGCACAGAAACCGGUAGCAAAAUGUCAAAAUGUCGCCGAAAACAUUUUUGCCCGUGUGAAAGCGAAUGAAACAUCAAAAGAGAAUUUCCAGUGUCUCCCUUCCAGAUGUCUCCUCGUGUAAAUCGGGUCAUUGAGCCGUAUUUUUUCCAAAAUGAGGCCGGUCAGGCAGUUACUGUGAAUAGUGUUCGCUAUCGUGAGAUGAUAACGAACUUUUUAUG